AUGACCAAUUCGAAUAUUUCGCUCUCAGACUCGGAUUCCGAGCCUGAGGUUCCUAGACCUCUGAACACGCUCCAUAUCAUGAUCCGAGAGAUGUUGUAUGAGGUGCGAGAAAACGGGUCCACCAUCUCGGCCCUAGAAGCAUGGGUUGAGACUGUGGACCCAGAAGCAUACAGAAAGGAUCCAUGGCCGCAGGACCUUAUAGACGCCCAUGCCCACUACAAGGCGUUGGUCGCAGAGAUUAACUCGAAGAGGGUGGCUUACAACAAUUCUCUUCAUAACAGCGGCAAAGAUCAGACCUUAUACACCUCCAAAGUCCAACUAGAACGCCUGAGGAUUGCCUAUGAAUGGGGCCAAGCGGCGCUCCGUACCCGGAAUGCCGUCAUUGCGGCAGGCGAGGAAUAUCGGGGCUAUUGGAAAGCUAUGCCAAAAGAAGAACUACCCUUCAAGGAGGAAUAG